AUGGCGACGCCCAAGAAACCAUCGUCUCCCACGCCAGCUGGCCGAAGGACGUCAACGGACGCUCAAACAAGCCCAAACGGACCACGAAAGGCCUCCCAGCCCUCUGAGAGGCAUGCCACGACGAAUGGCGUUGGUCGCUCGCCGUCGACCAAAGGGUCACCAGGCCCUGUCUCAGCCCGUGCCGCAGCAGCGAAGAGAGCCGGGCUGGGCAGGUCGAACCUCAGCAUGAGCAGCGUACCGCGAAACUACCCGCAUAGCAACGAAGACGAAGAAGCCAGAGCAGCAAAUAAUGCACUCAUCGACGACCUGAAGGAGCAGGUUCAGAAAGCUGAGACCGUCUCGGACCAGUAUCGGAAACAGCUUGGUGUGCUGCAGAUGAGACUCGACGACGCUGUCAGCGAACAGAGCCGGUUAGAGGAACAGGCACACGAGAAAGACGGGCUGAUAAACCCGUUGCGUGACGAGAUCAAGGAGCUGCAGCGACAGAUCAGGGAUCUGGAACAGAAGCACGAGACUGAACGUGAGUCGAUGAUGGCGGAUAAAGAGAACCAGACGAAGAGGGAGGAGGAGCUGGAGUCUACCAUCCAACGAUUGAAGGAGACCAUCGCUCAAAAGGACUUUCGGAUGGGUGUUGACGGCGAGCGCAACCUUUCUCGUUCACCGAGCUUCCGCAAUCGCUCGUCUCCAGAUCUUGAAAAUGGGCAGUUUGCACCGUCGUCAUCCCAGCUUCAGCGCAGCCCCUCGAGAACCAACUCCAAGCUGAUACUACAGAAAGACAAGCUGAUCGAAUCGUUACGGCUUGAGCUGGCAGAGGCGCAGAUCAAGAUCGUGGAGAUGGAGAACCUGGGAGGAGGCCGCCAGCAGGAACUCGAGAGGGAACUCCUGGAAGCUCGUAUGGCUAAUGCUCGCUUAAUGGAGGAUAACGAAAGCUACCAGCUUCUCCUCAGCGAGCGGACCUUGAACGGCGACUUCACCAAGGGAGAUUUCAUGCAUGAUUCUAACCCCCCUGCCGAGGCGAAUGGAACCAGCGGUUCUCUGGCCGAUGAGCUAGAUUCCAUCGGCGAAGGGGGCGAGGAUAACGAGAAACGCAAGCUGGAAAGCGAGCUGAAGAGCCUCAAGGACCAGAACAAGGCCUUGAGCUUGUAUAUCGAACGGAUUAUAGGUAGACUGCUACAACAUGAAGGGUUUGAGCAUAUCCUCGACAAGAGCGACACCGACACUGCGGGUUCCAAGGGGGGAGCAAAUAAAGACAAAGAGCUUCCUCCUCCUCCACCAGCCGAGAAGAAUGACGCAGCAGGACAGUCAUUCCUCCAGCGUGCCAAAUCCGUCGUAGCAGGUCCGCCGGCUCGUCCUAAACCGAGACCAAGCAGCCAGCUCACCCAGUCUACGUCUAAUACACACUCUCCUCCGCAAUCAUCACCUCGCGAACCACCCACCCCGUCAGCCCAUGAAGACCCAAAUACCGCUCCCAGAAUCCCCCUCGGACGCUCUCGGACAGUUCAACACCGUCGAACGAGGUCAGACCAGCUGGACGCCUCCAACCCUGCGGGUACCGCAAACGUCGUCGGCCAGAUGUACCGUGGUCCUCACAGCGGUCGCUCCCCGUCCACCGGCCCGUUAAGCCCAGGAAUCAGCCCGACGCUAUCAAACAACGGCCCGUUCUUCACUCCCGGUGCGACAUCCAAACGCUCAUCCGUAGCAACCGCUCCGGGAGGCAUAGGAACAUCCAUCUCCACGCGAAGCGCUGACCGUCGUUUCAGCGGCGCCGCAAGCCUGAGAAGCGACCGAAGCGGAGAUGUUGGAUCGACUGAGGGCGGUGCGUCUGCCAGUCCGCCGCGCUCUGGGCCUAGUAUGAACAACUAUACCGGUGCAGUGAUGCAGCAGAACAAGCUGCGGCCGUUGCGUCUGGUGCAGGAAACACAAGAAAUGGAUGCUGACCCACUGGCUGACGAUGCUGCGCGAAAGAAGGCGAACAGAGGCAGUUGGGCUGGCUGGUUUAAUCGCGGUAGCUUCACGCUAUCUGAUUCCAGCAACUCCCGGCCGUCAUCUUGA